CAUUACACAUGCCCUUGUUAGAGGAGAAGAAAUGGCUACAUCUGCGAACAACGCCUUGAAUCGUGAGUUUCUUCUCGCCCUCUUGUCGCCCCAGUCUCCCUGCUAAUGCGAGGCGAAAUUGGCGGGAAAGAAGUAGGGUCUAACCCGCCUCAUGCCCCACCAACUCCGACGAGCCCCGACGCCGGCCUUCACCACAACCGUUCCCUGCGCGAAUCCCCUGCAUCUACAAUUCCCUUGACACCCGGUCCCUCUGCCGGCUCCAAGCCAAAAUCGUGGUGGCGUGCCCAGCGUACUCCCCAUGGUAUCCCGAUAGACCGGAAAGCUACCGUCGCAGAGUUACGUGCUUCACUGGAGUGCGUGGUGAACAAGCAGAGUGGGCUUAGUGUGGUGGAGGAGAUUCCGGAGGAAACGGUGGAGCCCGAGAUGAAAGCGGGUGAGAGUGUUCGGAAAGAAGACGUCGUGGCCCGAGACGCAGCAUCAACCGGGGGGAAAGAUGCAAGUGUGAAGGAAUCGGCGAGUGGUAGUGCCAAGGAGGGCGGAAAGGGAAAAGGGAAAAAGCUGGCCGAGAAGGAUCGGGACGUUCUCAAAGUCGUCAAGUCCGGACCGAAGGUCGGCAAGAAGGCUGUCAAGAAGGUUAUUACGAGAACUGUUGUCUCCAAAACAGUCAAGGUUCCCAAGAAGAGGGUUCCGAAAACUGAGGCUGCACCUCCGCCGCCUCCCCCACCUGAGGAGAGCCUAGAUGCAGACCCUUACGAAGGCGAACCGAUGAUGUGGCCCAUAGAGAUGGAUGUUGAGGAAAGCCAUUGUUGAUCCCGGCGCCCUGUCUUUUUUGCCCCUUUUCUCCUGUUCUUUCCUGCUUUGGCCCUUCUUUUGAAAAUUUAUUCUCCUUUUACUUGCAUUGCGGUUGAGCGUGGGCAUGGGAACCAAAGUCGGUCACUAUGGAGUUUCUUUUGUCAAGGAUUGAACUUUUUUGGUUGGUUAACAGUUGCAUUCGGAUCUUGCACAUCUCUUCUCGGGCGAGUCCCCGGUUUAAUAUAAUGUGGUAUUUGAGGUCUAUCAGUAAUUGUCUGAGCCUUUAUUUCAGUAUGUGAUUUGUUUUCCGGGAAAACUGAGCAACUCUGUUCGAGGUAUUUUAGCCCAUUGAGUACUCACAACGAAUUCUAUUCAUCUCUCCCCCGACCUGUAUUCCCCCGUAUACCUGUAUUAUAGCGUAAAGUCCUCUCCGCCACUCUUCAUUCUCCUGCGGGAGUAGCUUCUAAUAGGGGGUGGAGAUGGGACCCUGUCUUGUGAUUCGGGUUAGGAUUACGGCGAAACAAACAGAUGUACCCAGAGCGGGCCAAGAGGAACGGGUUCCAUGAACUGAAGAAGGAGCGAGACGAACAGACCGGCCGGUUUUGUAGAAACCGCAUAAUUUUAUACCCCUUCAGAGGAGGCAACACUUACAACAGCGUUAUCCAAGAGUAGCCAGGUCUAUUAAUACCUCCUUAAUGGCACACAAAACCCCCUAAUAGCUAUCUUCGCAGUGCAACAUCGGGCCCAGAACAAAGAAACUGCCCAGGCCGCGAAAGCAGUUCUCCGCCGACACAAUGGGAGACUAGAAUUAGUAGUAAUUCUACCCCUACACUGCCGCAAAACUUCGGAAUAAAGCUGGCGAUAGAAUAAAAGAACA